AUGUGGAGUUCAGUUAUAUUAAAUAACUCAGAAAUGCAAGAAGUAAACUGUACGUUUUAGUAAAAGUAUACAGUGUAGAAACGGUUUUCUAUGUGCGGUUGUGUUAGCCCUGCAUGUUUUAAUGUGUACUUGUUUUGUAUGAAUUUGUCAGUAACCUUGACCGGUUUAUUUGACGUUGUGAAUGGUAGAGAGUGUCCACACGAAUUGUCUGUUGGUAUGCUAAUAUAGGAAAGGUUCAUGCCGAGAUUUAUUUAAGCAAUGUUACUCCUGAGAAGAUGCGCGUUGCGCAUGCGUUUCACUGGUGUUUCUAGUAGAUUUUACAGUAAAAACGUGGGGAAUAAAGUACGAAUUUGUGAAGUGCUGUCAUCUCAGGAAACUGGAAGAAACAUAAGAAUCCAGGGUUGGGUUCGUUCUGUCCGGUCUCAGAAAGACGUUUUAUUUAUCCAUGUCAAUGAUGGGAGCUCCCUACAAAGCCUCCAGGUUGUAGCCAGUCCCGGUCUGGGUGACAGGCACCUCACGUAUGGAAGUGCAGUUGCAAUCUCUGGAAACCUGGUAAAGAGUCCUCACAAGAAGCAAAGUGUAGAACUGCAGGCGGACAACAUCCGAGUGGUGGGACCUUGUGACCCGGUGGUUUUUCCUUUUAAGAUAAAAGAAAGACACCCUCUGGAAUACAUUAGACAGUUUCCACAUCUUCGGUGCCGGACAAACUCGUUUGGUUCCCUGCUGAGGAUUCGCAGUGAAGCAACUGCAGCCAUCCAGUCUUUUUUUAAGCUCUACAUCAGUGGUCUCUAACCCUGGUCCUGGAGAGCCCCGAUCCUGCAGGUGUUAUAGGCAUCUUUAUAUGGUAAGUGGCUAAAGAUCUGGAACACAUGUAAAUCCAGACUAAUUAAGCCAAUAACUGGUUCAGUAAAGUAAUUGAGGAAUUGGCUGGAAUGAAAACCAGAAGACCCUUCUCUACAUCCUUGGAUCGUUUUUUUUUUUUUUUUUUUUUUUUUUUUAGUUGUAUAAUUUUCAAAGAGCAUUCCACAUUGCCGGUACAUCUACAGUAUGGUUUCUAUUAAACUAUUUAAAGGUUAGUUGUACCCCUGUGCAACCACAAGGGGGCACCUGCAGCUAGUUUUCAGUAAAUAGACGGUCACUAAAUGAAGUAGUAGAGCAAAUACAGAGGUUGGCAGGAGCUUCACAGCUGAAACAAAAAGAACAGUGGGAUUACCAGGAUUAAGCCUCUGUCUAACUGACUUGUCUGUAAGAAGCAGGUUGUGAUACGAUAUGCAGAGAUCCUGAUGAGCUACUUUUAGGAUGCAUAAUAAGACCAAAUGAUAAUUUAAUGACAGGCUGAUCUGUUAAAAGACAAAAGUGAAAUCAGUCGGGGAGAGUAUGUAUUUAUAACAACUGUCAAACGCACCUAUUUUUCAUUCAAGAACCACUAGGUGAACUACUCUGAGGAUGGUGUGCUUUUGGUCUUGCAUGCCGAUACAAACGAUAUGUACCUCUAUUACAGGGCAGGGUAUCACGUAAUAGUGUUUUUUUUUUUUAUGGCAAUUGAUGAUAAUAAAAAAAAAGAGCGAUUGCAAAGCUUUGUUACACUUGAUUUGUUCAGACAGAAGAUAAGCUGUAAAUCACUGCUUUAGGCAUUGGCGGGGUAACAUUUCAGCCGUUUCCUGGAAUGCCCUUUAAACUGCACAUCUCUUCCAUGUUAUGGCAGAAAAUAUCAUGUCUGUUCAUAUUAAUCUGCAAUAUUAGCUCUCUUCCCUUCUGGAAUGGUA